AUGUUCUUGGUCUACACGUCCGCAAAUGGAAACAACGUGACUCUGUCGCCUCGAACAGCCAGCGGAUAUGUUCCUCCGGACCUCAACAGUGAGGCUCAGGUCACGUUGCUCGAGGGAUCAGGCGUUGCGAACGGUAUCAUGACCGCAAAUGUAAAGUGCUCCAAUUGCAACAGUUGGUCUGGCGGGACGAUGGACUUCAAAUCGUCGAAAGGAAACUGGGUCUACGCGUUCAACCCAUCGAACGGUCCCAAGAACUCCGACUCUCAAUCCGCUUCGAUACGACAACACACUGGACAUGACACCUUCUCCUGGGACUUUGCGACUGCCAAGGGCGGAAACAGCGUAAACCCCCUUCUCACCGCCGCCCCAGUUGCACCCGGUGCUGGAUCAGGUGCUGGACCUGCUGGCCCUGGAAACGCGAGUGGGGGUCCUGGAGGCAUCACUUCUACCGGCGGUGGGAGCAGCAACAGGAGAGCUAUGCUCAUUGCACACGGUGUUCUUGCAUCUCUUGCUUUUGUCAUUCUCUUCCCAGCUGGAGCCAUCGCAAUCCGCCUUGCUUCUGUCCCUGGCAUCGCCUGGAUCCACGGUGGCUUCCAAAUUUUUGCCUACAUGGUAUACAUUGCUGCGGCUGGACUUGGUAUCCACCUUGCAUGCGGACUGGGCUUGCUGAAGAGCUACCACCCCGUCAUCGGCUUGGUGGUACUGGCUGUUCUCUUUUUUCAGCCGAUUCUUGGCGCCGUGCAUCACAGACUCUUCAAGGUGCACAAUGGCCGCACUCUCUGGUCCUAUGGACACAUCUGGCUCGGCCGUGCUGCGAUUACUCUUGGUAUAAUCAACGGAGGUCUUGGCCUUCGUCUCGCCAACAACACAAACUCAGGCAAGAUUGCGUACGGUGUUAUCGCUGGAUUCAUGUGGUUGGCUUGGGUUGCUGCUAUGGUCAUUGGAGAGAAGCGCAGAAAGACGGCAGUUCAUCACAAGGAGAGAACUGGCUCGGACGGCAGUGAAGGUGCGGUCGUGCCUCCUACCAACGGCCACUAUGAGCCCAAGCAGACGCGCAUCACACAUCUGUUCACGAUGGGAGAGUCCAGGGUACGUCACACGGACGGCCUCAAGAAGAAGCAGGCGGGUGCUAAUACAUGCUUCAGCGCAGCACUAUGCCAGAUCUUCGACAGCAUCUUCUACAACGCAGAUGAUGUCCCCAUGUCGCGAGUCAAGUUCAAUGCCAACACGGAGUAUGCAUAUCUGCAGAAUUUCAAGAUAUUGCAAAACACGUUCGCCAAGCACCAAGUCGACAAGCCCAUCCGUGUUGAGUCACUCGUGAAGUGCAAGAUGCAGGACAACCUCGAGUUCCUGCAAUUCGUAAAGCAAUACUGGGACCAGCACUUUCCUGGCCACGAAUACGACCCCGUCGCACGCCGCAAGGGCUCGGGCGCUAUGCCCGCUUCCGGAGGCGGUGCACCGCGUGCCGCACCCGCCGCUGCCCGAAGAGCGCCGGCCGCCAGCAACACGGCCGCGCCUAGGACGCGCACACCGCUCGCUGCUGGAGGAGGAGCUGCCAGUGCUGCGCUGCGGGAAGAGAACAAUCAGCUGAAGGAGACAGUCUCUGGCCUUGAGCGUGAACGGGACUUCUACUUCAGCAAGCUCCGCGACAUUGAGCUGCUCAUUCAACAAGCGAUGGAGGCCGAUCCUGAGCUCGAGAAGGAUGAGGGUCUGCUCAAGCAGAUCCAGAACAUUCUGUACUCGACCGAAGAGGGCUUCGAGAUCCCGCCAGAGGCUGAGGGUGUUGAGGAGGAGACGUUCUAG